AAGUAACAGGAAGGCUUAAACUAUGGAAACUCACACCUACAUAUCCCGCUGUUUUUAUUGGUGACCACCUCACUUUUCGAGACCGGUGUUCAUUUGGUCUUUAUCUAGCAACGAGAUCGGACGAAUUUAGUGCAGCGUGACAUUUUUUUGAUAAUUCAAAGUCGUUAUCAGUCUGGUUGUAACUGGAUGCAUAGUGUGUCUAAUUGAUUAGGUGACUGAUCAAUCUCGUUUGAUUGUACCAAAUAUGGAGGUAGACUUGUUUACGGCGACAGCCGUCGGAACUCUGAUUCUGCUGCUAAUUCACUACGUAUCAAAAAAGUAUGAAUAUUUCCUGUCGAAGCCGAUCCCGUGUAUAAAACCAACUUUUUUCUUCGGGAGUUCCGGGCCUAUGAUGUUUCGCAAGCGGGAUAUGGUGACACACAUGAACACGCUGUACUAUACGUAUCCAGAUUCCAAGAUUGUUGGCCUGUAUGACUUCACGAGCCCAAUAGUGAUGCUUCGUGAUCCAGAGGUGAUCAAAACGAUUACAGUGAAGGAUUUCGAUUUUUUCUCGGACCAUCCAGCCGUGGUGAACAAUCCGGACGACGGUGAAAGUUUGUUCGGUAACUCACUGGUUGCGCUUCGUGGACAGAAAUGGCGCGAUAUGAGAGCUACUCUGAGUCCGGCCUUCACCGGGAGUAAGAUGAGGCGUAUGUUUGGAUUGGUGGCCAGUUGUGCCCAGGUUAUGAGUGAUUUUUUCUUCGCUGAAAUAAAAGCGGGAAAGCCGCUGGAGUAUGAAAUGAAGGACAUUUUCUCACGUAUUGGGAACGAUGUUAUCGCAUCGGUUGCAUUCGGCAUUCAAGAGGAUUCGCUGAGGAACCAAGAAAAUGAAUUCUAUAUUAAAGGAAAAGAAAUGCUAAACUUUCAGUCGUAUAAGAUUAUGGUGAAAUUGAUGGUGUUUAGAUUUGCCCCUCGUCUGGCACAAAAACUUGGGAUCGAUUUUGUAGAUUCCGAGCUUACGAACUACUUCAAAGGAAUGAUCGUUGACAAUAUGAAGCAGCGAGAAGCUCAUGCAAUUAUACGCAAUGACAUGAUACAAAUGCUCAUGGAAGUUCGAAAGGGUGCCUUGAAGCAUUUAAAAGAUGAACAAGAUCACAAGGAUGCAGGCUUUGCUACAGUCGAAGAGUCUAGUGUUGGAAAAUCUGCUCAUUCUCGGGUUUGGACGGAGAACGAGUUGAUUGCGCAGUGUUUUUUAUUCUUCCUAGCAGGAUUCGACACGGUUUCCACGUGUAUGACGUUUCUAACGUACGAAUUAACGAUCAAUCCCGACGUCCAGGAUCGUCUUUAUGAAGAGAUUAGAACAAUGGUGCAAUCGCUCGAUAACAAACCCUUGAGUUAUGAAGAGCUGCAAAAAAUGACGUACAUGGACAUGGUAGUUUCGGAAGCUCUUCGUAAGUGGCCCCCGGUAGUGGUUUCCGAUCGAUUGUGCGUAAAAGAUUACCUGUGCGAUGACGGAGCUGGAACACGAUUCAUGAUCGAGAAAGAGCAAACCAUUUGGAUACCUAACUAUGCCAUCCACAACGAUGCGAAGUUCUACCCGAAUCCGAGCAAGUUUGAUCCGGAGCGAUUCAACGAAGACAACCGGUCGAAAAUUAAUCCUGCUACGUAUUUUCCGUUCGGUAUCGGCCCACGGAACUGUAUCGGAUCGCGUUUGGCGUUGAUGGAAGUUAAGUUGAUGUUGUUCUACUUGUUGAAGGAUUUCAGCCUGGAGCCGACGGAUAAAACGCAAGUUCCGAUACGAUUGGCCAAGAGUGCGUUCACCCUACAGGCGGAACAGGGUGUGUGGGUUAAGAUUAAAAAUAGAAGUGCGGCUUGAAGCUAUUUGUAAUGUUUGAAGUAAUUGUAUGGAGUAAAAGUCCAAUGAAAGUUGUUUUUCGAUUUAUUUUUAUGACAGUCGAAGUCUUAAAUCAUAAUAUUUGUAUUUUGGUAUUUUAAACAGUAGUUUUUUUUGUAUUUUGAUAUUUUAGACACCACAACAAUCGACUCAAAUUGCCUGACGUUUCGAUCGUUUCUGGUGGUCUUUUUUAAGGUAAUUUCCUGUAAUCAAUUUCUUCUCAAAAGGCCUCCAAAAACAGGCCGAUUUAAA